AUGACUAUUUGUGGCAAUGAACUGUCUGAAGAACAGUACAGACAAGCUGAAGACGCACAGAAGGGCUUCUUCGACCACCACAGGAAGUCCUCUACGGAGUUCAAGUCCAUGCCCGGCACUUUUGGCGGCGACGGUAUGAAGGAGAUGUCUGACGGUCUGAAGGAGAAGUCUGGUGAUCUGAGGGAGAAGUCUGGUGAUGUAUUUACGACUGCCAAAGGCAGAGCGAAGGAGACGUCUGGUGAUGCAGUCACUACUUUCAAAGCCAUCGGCAGAGAGGAGUUUGAAACCCAGAAGAAGGUGGCGCGAAUGUUCAAGGGUCUCCUGCAGAGAUCUUCUGGGUCCAAGUCGGAGUCGGACUCUGCCGCAGCUGGAAACGUCCGUCCAGACCGCAAUACGCGCAAGGAUCAGAAGGAACACAAGCCGACAAGUGGCAAAAUGCCCCGAAAUUCGCAGCGAGUGCAGAAACGGAGCUCGAAACGCGGGAAGCCGUCCUCUGAUUUCUCGAAGUUGGGCCCUGUUGUACCGACUGAGAAGCAAAGAGACGACGUACCGAGACAGGGCCAAGAAGACGAAGGCCAGAAGACAGUCGACAAGUGUCAAGAUAAGUGUCCAGAGAAAACCGAUCUCCACCACGCACCAACGCCACCUUGCGAGUCCCCGAAGGAGUAG